UCCGUCCAUGCACCCACCCACACAACCUGGGCCCUCUGGGAGGUGCUGGGGGAGGCCAUGCCCCUUUUCUGAGUGCCUGGAAGUGACUGCGGGAAGGGAGUACAAGUGACCACGCCUUUUUUCCGGGGUAUUAAAGUGGAGGAGCACGCUUCAAUUCUGGCAGUGUAGCUGGCACCCUUCAACGCGCACAAACUGCGGGGACGACUCCCGACGAUUUCUGAUUGAUUUUGGCGCUUUCGACCGGAACUUCAGGGGGGCGAAGAUCCUCCACCUCCUCCUUUCUCUUGGGACUUUGGGGACAAAGCGCCCUGACAACCAUGGGGGCUCCAGUACAGCGCUAUCUAGCAGCCAGGACAGCGUCGGGAACCAGACCAUGGCUCCCGGGCCCCAAGACCCUAAAGUUCGUCGUCCUCAUCGUUGCGGUUCUGCUGCUGGUCCACGUUUACUCUGCCACCAUCCCCCGGCAGGACGAAGUUCCCCAGCAGACAGUGGCCCCACAGCAACAGAGGCGCAGCCUGAAGGAGGAGGAGUGUCCAGCAGGAUCUCAUAGAUCAGAACAUACUGGAGCCUGUAACCCAUGCAAUGAGGGUGUGGAUUACACCAAUGAUUCCAACAAUUUGUUUUCUUGCUUCCCAUGUACAGUUUGUAAAUCAGAACAAAAGGAGAUGAGUCCCUGCACCACGACCAGGAACACAGUGUGUCAGUGCGAACCAGGAAGUUUCCGGAACAACAAUUCCAUUGAGAUGUGCCGGAAGUGCAGAACAGAGUGUCCCAAAGGGAUGGUGAAGGUCAGCGAUUGUACGCCCUGGAGUGACAUCAACUGCAGUGCAUCAGCUGCCAGUUCCACUGGGAAAACCCCAGCUGCGGAGGAGACAGUGACCACCAGCCUGGGGACUCUUGCCUCUCCCUGUUGCCUCGCAGCCAUCAUCACAGGGAUCUUAGUCAGCAUUCUAGUUGUGGCUGCGUUGGUUUACAUUUUACCUUGGAAGAAACUCAUUUCUUACCUCAAAGGCAUCUACUCAGGUGGUGGAGGAGGUCCCGAACGUGUGCACAGAGUCUCUGAGCAGGAAAUCCAAGGUCAGGAGCUGGCAGAGCCAACAGGUGUGACUGUAGAGUCGCCAGAGGAGCCACAGCAUCUGCUGGAACAGGCAGAAGCUGAAGGGUGUCAGAGGAGGAGGCUGCUGGUUCCAGUGAAUGACGCUGACUCUGCUGACAUCAGCACCUUUCUGGAUGCCUCGGCAACACCGGAAGAAGGACAUGCAAAGGAAACAAUUCAGGACCAAUUGGUGGGCUCCGAAAAGCUCUUUUAUGAAGAAGAUGAUGCAGGCUCUGCUACGUCCUGCCUGUGAAAGAAUCUCUUCAGGAAACCAGAGCUUCCCUCGUUGACCUUUUCUCCUACAAAGGGAAGCAGCCUGGAAGAAACAGUCCAGUACUUGACCCAUGCCUCAGCAAACUCUACUAUCCAAUAUGGGGCAGCUUACCAAAGGUUCUAGAACUUUGUCAACACACUUGGAGUGAUUUUUAUGAAAUACUGUGUGUGAUAAGCAAACGGGAGAAAUUUAUAUCAGAUUCUUGGCGGCAUAGAGCUAUAUGAUUGUGUAUUAAGGGUAGUUUUAGGCCACGUGCGGUGGCUCAUGCCUGUAAUCUCAGCACUUUAGGAGGCUGAGGCAGGUGGAUCGCUUGAGCUCUGGAGUUCGAGACCAGCCUGGUCAACACAGUGAAACUCCAUCUCAAUUUAAAAAGAAAAAAAGUGAUUUUAAGAUGUCGUUCUUUUCAGUUCUUCAUCAUGAGACAAGUCUUUCUUUUUUUCUAUUUCUUAUAUUGCAAGCCCAUCUCUACUGGUGUGUGUAUUUAAUGACGUCUAACUACAGAUGCCGCACAACCGCAAUGGUUUGCCUUAUAGUUUUUUAACUUUAGAACAGGAUUAUCUGGUUAUUACCUGUAUUUUCAGUUUAGGACAUUUUUGUCUUAAUGAUGAGAUUAUCAAAACGUAGCCCUAUGCUAAGUCAUGAGCAUAUGGACUUAUGAGGGUUCGACUUAGAGUUUUGAGCUUUAAGAUAGGAUUAUUGGGGCUUACCCCCACCUUAAUUAGAGAAACAUUUGUAUUGCUUACUGUUGUAUGCCAUACAUCUAUUUUCCUAUUUUUGCAUAAUGAUGUAAGCAUGGAAAAACUUUAGGAAAUGCACUUAUUAGGCUGUUUACGUGGGUUGCCUGGAUACAAAUCAGCAGUCAAAAAUGACUAGAAAUAUAACUAGUGACGGAGGGAGAAAUCCUCCCCCUGUGGGAGGCACUUACUGCGUUCCAGUUCUCCCUCCUGCGCCCUGAGACUGGACCAGGGUUUGAUGGCUGGCAGCUUCUCAAGGGGCAGCUUGUCUUACUUGAUAAUUUUAGAGGUAUAUAGCCGUAUUUAUUUAUAAAUAAAUAAAUAUUUAUUUAUUUAUUUAUAAGUAGAUGUUUACAUAUGCCCAGGAUUUUGAAGAGCCUGGUAUCUUUGGGAAGCCAUGUGUCUGGUUUGUCGUGCUGGGACAGUCAUGGGACUGCAUCUUCCUACUUGUCCACAGCAGAUGAGGACAGUGAGAAUUAAGUUAGAUCUGAGACUGCAAAGAGCUUCUCUUUCAAGCGCCAUUACAGUUGAACGUUAGUGAAUCUUGAGCCUCCUUUGGGCUCAGGGCAGAGCAGGUGUUUUUCUGCCCUGGCAUCUGCCAUGGCAUCAAGAGGGAAGAGUGGACGGUGCUUGGGAAUGGUGUGAAAUUGUUGCCGACUCAGGAGUGGAUGGGCCCCUCUCGCUUCUGGUAGUCUGUGACCCUGAGUCCCUGGGCUGCCUUUUAGGGUAGAGAUGCCUGAGCUGCAUUUUAGGGUACAGAUUCCCUUAUUUGAGGAGCUUGGCCCCUCUGUAAGCAUCUGACUCAUCUCAGAAAUAUCAGUUCUUAAGCACUGUGACAACGGGAUCUAAAAUAGCUGACACAUUUGUCCUUGUGUCAUGUUCCAUUAUUUUAUUUAAAAACCUCAGUAAUCAUUUUAGCCUCUUUCCAGCAAACUCUUCUCCACAGUAGUCCAGUCGUGGUAGAAUAAAUUACGGAUGUAGUCAUUCUAGGGGUUUCAGUCUUUUCUGUCUCAAGGCAUUGUGUGUUUUUUUCUGGGACUGGUUUGGCUGGGACAAAGUUAGAACUGCCUGAAGAUCACACAUUCAGAGCAUUGUCUCCGUGUAGUUUUCAGAGGGGGUGGCCUUUCUGGUCUUCACACUUCCAUCCUUUCCCACUUCCAUCUGGCAUCCCAUGUAUUGUCCCCUGCACUUCUGGAAGACACAGGGUGCUGCUGCCUCCUGGUCUUUGCCUUUGCUGGGCCUUCUGUGCAGGAGACUUGGCCUCAAAGCUCAGAGAGAGCCAGUCUGGUCCCAGCUCCUUUGUCCAUUCCUCAGAGGCCUUCCUUGAAGAUGCAUCUAGACUAUCAGCCUUAUCAGUGUUUAAACUUAUUCUUUUAAAGUAAGCUUCCUGAGAACAUGAAAUCGUUGGGGUUUUUUGGCCUUGGUUGAUUUGUUUAGGUUUCGCUUUAUACCCGGGCCAAAUAGCACAUAACACCUGGUUAUAUAUGAAAUACUCAUAUGUUUAUGACCAAAAUAAAUCUGAAACCUCAUAUUAAAAA